AUGACGGUCCCGCUGAGGGCCCAAAGCGCCGGUGGAAUGGAGUUCGGAGUGCGCAUCGUGAGCAUCGACUACUACAUGGCGAGACCCAUCAGAGACAUCGACGUCCUCCUCACCCAGAGCGGCGAGCAGAUCCGCCAGGUCCCGAUCGUGCGCAUCUUCGGCGCGACCCCGGCCGGCCAGAAGUGCUGCCUCCACGUCCACAGAGCGUUCCCGUACCUCUACGUACCCCUGCCAGACAGCGUCCCGCAGGACCCGCAGCACGUGCAGGCGUACCUGCGCCGGCUGACCGCCGCGAUCGACCGAGCAGCGGAGAUCGCGCGUGUUGCGCGGCAGAAGGAGCGCGAGGAGAAGGAGCAGCGGCAGCGGCCGCAGCAACAGCAGCAGGGUGCGGCGCAGGGGAGUGCCCGCGGAGGCAGAGCGCCGGCGGGACGAGCGGCGGAACCGAGGGCGCACGUGCUGGCGGCCUCGCUGGUCCGAGCGCGCAGUGUCUACGGGUUCGAGCCGGACGACACGCUCUUCGUGAAGAUUCAGUUGCUGGACCCGCGGCAGAUGACCCAUGUCACCACCCUCCUCCAGUCUGGCGCGAUCCUCGGGCAGCGGUUCCAGCCGUUCGAGUCGCACGUCCCGUACCUGCUCCAGUUCAAGAUCUCGUACAACCUCGUCGGCAUGGGCGUCCUCCGCCUCUCCCACGUGCGCUUCCGGGGGUCCCUCCCCGACGGCGCACAGUGCCGACGUCUGCGCUUCCUCGACGGACUCGCCGACCACGACCCGAGCGGCGGCGCGCCGGGCCAGUCCGCGUCCCCGCCUCCUCCGGCGUCCCUCGGGAGCGCCGGAACGGCCGGCGGCGCGGCGGCGCGCACGUGGCUGGCCGACUCAUGCCCCGACACGUGGAGGUGGGGGUCGCGGCGACUCCCCCGGCGCAGCAGCACGUGCGAGCUCGAGUGCGACGGGUCCGCGGAGGACAUUCUGAACGUGCUCGACGCCGUCCGGAUGGACCUGGCUGACGCCAGCCCUGACGAUCGUCUAGUUGAGUCUCUGAUCAAUAUCUGGGAAGACGAGAAGGCCAGGACUGGCCGGACGCCGCCGCCGCCGCCGCCGGACCUCGAGCGCGAGCCGGAGACGCUGUGCACGUACGUGGAGGACAUCCGCGCCGCCUUUGUUCGAAGCAACGAGACAUAUAGGAAACUCAAUCCCGAGCUGUUUCCCACGGAGCCUGAGAGGGCGCACGGCGCCCCCUCGCAGACGCCGGCGAGCCAGGCGCCGUCGCAGCUGCUCGGUGCAACUCAGGCUGCGAACCGCGCGCGGGAAGCGGUGGACGUCGCCUCGCCUGCCGCGCUGGCAAGCGGAGACGGCGUGCGGCCGGACGACCCCGGUUCCGCGGUCGACACGGCGACGCCCCGCGGACCGCCCAGGGAGGGCGACUUGGACGAGAACCUCGCGCGGAGCUGCUUCGGCGCCGCGGAGCGCCCCGCGGCUCCGGCGAGCGUGCGCCGUCAGCUUCUGGACGUGCUCACGCAGGCGGGGGAUGUUCGCGACGACGGGGGGGGUCCCGACGCCGGGGACCGCGAGGCCCAGCGCGAUCGCGAGGACGGCGACGAGGACCACGUCGGGGACGUGAGCGAGCUCAUCGCGCUGCUGGAGAGCAGCCAGCGGCGAAGACAGCAGUCGCAGGCUGGCAACCAUGGCGCGGCUGUAUCUCAACCGUUUGUUGGAUGUACGCCUGCUAGGAUUCUGGAGGGACCUGAGGCUGGAACACCGUCCUGCUCGGACGACGACAGCGACAUCGAUGUUGCCGACACGGGCCCCGACGGUCUCGACGUCCUGGCGCAGGAGCUCGCGAAGAGUCAGGAUCCAAGGUCUCCUGGCGAACAGGAACAACCACAGGCUGCCGGGGCUGACGGCGCGACGCCGAGCCAGAUUGCGCCGAGCCAGCGCGACCUCAGCCAGGUCAUGGCGUCCGUCGGACCCUCCGCACGGGCGCGUCGCGGCGCCAGGGAGUCGAUGGACAUUUUGGCAUGCUCGCAGGCCGACGAGUACAACGAGUGGCUCUCGCUCUCCGCCCCACGGGACGAUACCGACCGUGAAGCUCCUGCCGCAGGGCCUGGUGUUGACGGGGACGCGACCCGCGCUCCCUGGCGCGAGCCGCCAGCAGCGCCGCCGCCAACGCCGGCAAAGGAUUGGGUGCGGCCUGCGAUGCCGCUCGAUGGCCGAGCGCAUCGUUUGGACGACGGCCGAGCUGGCACUGCCGGCGGCGACGGUGGAGGCGGGUCCGGGGAAGGAGACAUGGAUUUAGAUGCACAUUCAGAUAUAGAAAUGGAGAGUGAACGCAGCGCGGAAGAAGACGAGCUCUUGAGGCUUCGUGGCGGAGGAAACGACGGCGAGGAGCCGGCGCGUCGACAGGUGCGGCGAUUCAAGCCGCCGAGGAGGGUCCAGGGCAACGCUGCGCGCCAGGAGGACGCCGCCCGUGCGCGUGACAACAGGUCGGGGGAGUCGCCGGACGAUGCAUCGCAGGACAGCGACUCGAGCGACGCGGGCCAGUCCGCGGGCGGCUCGUCGCGGUUCGCGGCGCUGACGAUGGAAUGGCGGCGGAACCAGAGGGUGCGCGGCCGGGGCGGCAGUCGCCCUGCGACGAAAGCUGUGCGUCUGCAACUACCGCUCACACCGCCGCCAGGGCCAGCGAAGGAGCAGGAGACGUCGCGGUCGCCGAAAGGAAUCGGUCUAUUGACGCCUCCACGGUCGGCGGCGGCGACGCCGAAGCAGCCACACGACGCGCGGCUGCCCGCAAGACCUGAAAUGAUAUCUUCUGAUCCUUCGCCGUUCCGAGGACAAGCGGCGCUGCAACACGGCGCAGACGCCGACGCUUCGCUGGACGUGGGCCUUGAAUAUCGGCCGGACGUGGCGGGCACCGAGCCGGCCCAGCUUCCCAGCACCAACAGAUCAGAGACCACACCACCCCACGGCAGGCGACGACUGCGGUUUUCCCCCCGCGAGUCCCAGGCGCUGCUGGACGUCCUCGCGCCGGUCGUCGAGAUGGGGACCACAGGCGACGCGGAGGGGCCAGGAACGGCUGCGCAGCAUGCGAGCGCCGUCGUGUCGCCCGUGGUCGGGGUCGCUGCGACGCCGCGCGGGUCGGAGGGGACGCGAUCCCCGUCUGUGCUGCUCAGCGGCGACGAGAUGGCGCUCGACGUGCCGGUCGUCCCGGGAACCCCACCGGACGCGGGCGACGAUGCCCCAGGGGGGGGUGUUGACGACGUCAGCAACUCGCUGGAUGACGGGCCCGGGGUGGUUGUCGUGACACCUUCGGACCAGCAAGCAUCGCCCGAGGAGACCGUCGAGGACACGCAGUCGGACAGCUCUUGGGGGGGGUUUCAAGCUCCGGUCAGACCUGCUGUGCCGUUGAUUGGCUCGCAGGCGUCUCCCGCAAGGGCGCUGCCGCUGCAGCCGUCCGGCGCCUCACAGCGGUCGCGCGGCACCGCGAUGCGCAUUGACUCGCCGCCUGUGCCGGAGACGCAGUCGUUGCAUGAGGCAUCGCAGCCUGACUCAAUUGUCAGGGGGGGGUCGCAGCCGGGACAAGAUGACGCCGACCGAGAAGCAAACCGACCGCGGAGCGAGCCGUCUCCUCAGCACGGACAGGCUGCGUCACUUCCGGACCCUCCGCUGCAACACACCCCCAGCGCAGGGGGAGUGUCGCCACUUGGGGCCAGUCAGGGCCGCUCCGACCGCGGCUCCGGACCGUCGCAACCGGACCCGCCCGCGGGGGAGACCGCGCAUGCGAAGCCCGCGUCGCAGCUGAGCUCCGGACAGCAUGCCACGCCCUCUGACGCGCCGCAGCCCCAGCUCCCAGGUGCACUCACCUCCGCGACGCGCCCACGUGGCGCACUCGCGCGGCAAGCGGGCAACGAGCCCUCGCAGGGCGAUCCAUCGAUUCCCAGACGCGCCGCUCAGCGGCAGGGCUGGAUCCGGCCCGCUGUUGAGCCCCCCACAGAAGAGCAGGUCGUUCAGGAUAUUGUCGAGUCAGGGGGGGAUGUUAUCGUGUACCAGGAGCCGUUCUACUCGCGCCGCGCGGACGGCCCGCGCAACGGCAUCGCGACUAUCGGCGGGCUGCAGUUCCGCGCGCGUUUCAACGACCUCCAGUCCCUCCGCGGCUUUAACGAAACAAGCGGCGAGCCGACCUUCCUCGAAGCGGCCAUCGCGCGGGAACGGCGCAGGGAAACAGCCGAACGGGACGAAUCCACCCGAGCAAACGCUCCCCCGGCGCCAGCCGGGCCUCCAGCGGCCGAUGCGGCGUUUCGACCGACCAUUGUCUUCGGGCAACGCGCGGGGCCGACGUGCUCCGGCUGGAGGGUGGUGCGGGUCGCCGCGGCGCCGCCGACGUACGCCGAGGCCCAGCGGUGGCUGCGGGAGGGCGGGCACGGGCGCGGGACGGCGCGCUCGUCGCGUGCGCCCGUGGAUGGCAUGGACGAGAACACUGGCAAGCUCGUGGUCGGUGCUGACACGGCAGGAGAAAUGCUCGGGACCCCGUCCGGCGUGUCGGGCCUCGGGGCGGACCUGACGCAGGUCUCCCUGACCCAGGGCCGCUCUGGAAAGCGCGCGCGGUCGCGUGCGGCGUCCCAGGCGACGCAGAGUGAGCGGCAGCCGGAGCGGGACGAUGGAGCGGCGUCCGGUGACAGCGAGGACUCGUUCAAGCCUCCGUCGCCCAAGUACGACCAGGGGACCGACUUCUUCUUCCGCACGCCCGCGCUGCCCUCCGCGUACCGCGCGCGAGCGAGCACCAAGCGUCGACGCCACACAACGGAGAAGGGGGAGCGAGCGUCGGCCUCCGCGGACGCAGCGCGCGACGGCUCGCACGCCACGGGCGCCGCCACCCCCCCGUCCGUCACGGCGCCGCGGGCCGGGACGACGCCGUCGCCGCACCGCAAGACGAACCGCCCUGGCGCGCUCGGGCACGCGAACCCGACUGUCAGUCAGCUGGACGGUCCCCCGGGGGGCACUGGCGCCACGACGCCGACGCCGACCAGCCAGGUGGGGUUCCGCAGGUCGAGGCUUGCCGGAAAGGGCCUCGGAAUGAGCGCGAUGUGCAUCGAGGUGCUUGCCGAGUGCCGCGGGGGGCUUUUGCCGGAUCCGCGCUUCGACGCCAUCCAGGCGGUGGCGCUGUCGUGCUACGAGGACUGCGAGGACGUCGACGGCGGCAAGUACCUCACGCACGUCGUCCUUACCGGGCCGGAGGCCGAGGUGCAAGCGACAGUCCCCUCCGCUGACAAUGUCACUCCCCCCCGGUCGGGUCCCACGCCUGAGGGAGCGGGCAGCCGGCCUGAAGCGUCGCCGGGAGCGUUGCCUGCGCGGGGACUGGCCGCGGAGGGCGCGAGCGGCCUCGGACCGAGCGGGGCGACGGCGGCAACCUUCCGGGACCUGUUUCGCGGCGCCGCGGCGGCCGGCGCGGCGAUGCGCGAGCAGGACGACGAUUCUCCCGACGACGACGACGCCGCGGGGGACGCACGCGACGAGGCUGCGCAGGACCUCUUCCCGGGGGAGGACUGGGCCGACGGAGUCAGGGAGGUGGUGUCUGACGGCAUCUCGGGGCCUGCGUCAGGCGUGGUGGUCCUGGAGGCCGCGGGCGAGGUCGGCGUGCUGCGGUACCUCGUGUCGUGCGUCCGCGCGAUGGACCCCGACGUCCUCAUGGGGUUCGAGAUCCAAGGAGGCAGUCUCGGGUAUCUGAUUGAUCGAGCUGCAGCCCUCGAACUCCCCCUGGUCCGGGAGCUCAGCCGGGUGCCCCGCGGGCCCGCGUCGCCCGCCGAGGCCGCGGGCGCGGAGGCCGACGAGUACGGCCGGCUGCACCAGAGCGGCCUGCACUGCACGGGGCGGGUGAUCCUCAACCUAUGGCGCGUGCUGAGACACGAGCUGAAGCUCACGUCCUACUCGUACGAGUCCUGCGCGGCCGCGGUGCUGCGGCGGCGCGUGCCGCGUCCGCCGCGGACCGAGCUGCACCGGUGGUUCUGCGGGGGCCCCGCGGGGGGCCGCUGGCGGGCGCUGACGCACCUGGUGAACCGAGCACGGGGGGGGCUCGAGAUGUCUGACGCGCUGGACCUGCUCGGGCGGACCGCGGAGCUGGCGAAGACGUUCGGGAUCGACUUCUUCUCCGUGCUGUCGCGCGGCAGCCAGUACCGCGUCGAGAGCAUGAUGCUGCGGCUCGCGCACACGCAGAACUACGUGGCUCCGUCGCCGUCGCGCGACCAGGUCGCAAACCAGCCCGCGAUGGAAGCGAUCCCGCUCGUGAUGGAGCCCGAGUCGCGGAUGUACUCCUCCCCCGUCGUGGUCCUCGACUUCCAGUCUCUUUACCCUUCCAUGAUCAUCGCGUACAAUCUGUGCUUCUCGACUUGCCUCGGACGCCCCGCGCACUACCGCGAGGGCGACGGCGCGCGGCUCGGGAUCCUGCAGAACAUGAAGCUGCGCGAGGGGCUCCUGCAGGGCGACCUGGACCCCGCAAAGCUGAACGUUGCGCCCAACGGCGUGGCCUUUGCGCCGCCUGCGGCGCGGCCGGGGGUCCUGCCGCGGCUGCUGAAGGAGAUCCUCGACACGCGCGUGAUGGUGAAGGCGGCGAUGUCGCGGCUGACGAAGGACGAGCAGGCCGCGGCGGCCGAGGGCAGGCCCGGGGCGGCGUCGACGCGCGUGCUGCAGCGGUGCAUGAACGCGCGGCAGUUCGCGCUGAAACUGAUCGCGAACGUGACGUACGGGUACACCGCGGCGGGGUUCUCCGGGCGGAUGCCGAUGGCGGAGCUCGCGGACGCGAUCGUGCAGUCGGGGCGCGAGACAUUGGAGAACGCUAUUCGGAAAGUGAACAAUCAUCCGAAGUGGAGGGCGCGGGUGGUGUACGGGGACACGGACUCGAUGUUCGUGCUGCUGCCGGGGCGGAGCAAGGAAGAGGCGUUCGCGAUCGGGCGGGAGAUCGCGGAGGAGGUCUCGCGCGCGAACCCGCCGCCCGUGCGCCUCAAGUUGGAGAAGGUCUAUCUGCCGUGCAUCCUCCAGACCAAGAAACGGUAUGUGGGGAUGGCCUUCGAGUCCCCCACGCAGAAGCGCCCGCGGUUCGACGCCAAGGGCAUCGAGACCGUCCGCCGCGACGCCUGCCCCGCCGUCGUGAAGAUGCUCGAGCAGACCCUGCGCAUCCUGUUCGCGACGAAGGACCUGUCGCUCGUGCGGAGCUACGUCGUCAAGCAAUGGCAGCGCAUCCUCGCGGGGCGCGUCGGGGUGCCGGAUUUUGUGUUCUGCAAGGAGGUCCGCCUCGGGUCCUACUCCGCGCGUGCCUCGGCGCCGCCCCCGGCGGCGGUGGUGGCGGCGAAGGCGAUGGUGGCGGACCCGCGCGCGGAGCCGCGGUACGCGGAGCGCGUGCCGUACGUCGUGGUGUACGGCGAGCCCGGCGCGCGGCUCGUCGAUCUUGUCGUGCCCCCCGAGGCCCUCGUCGAGUCCAAGGGUCGUCUCCGCCUCCAUGCGAUGUACUACAUCACCAAGCAGAUCCUCCCUGCGCUGGAGCGCGUCCUGACGCUCGUAGGCGCCGACAUCAACACGUGGCUCGCGGCCAUGCCGCGCCCCAUGCGGCUCAUGCCGCACAAGCGCCCCCCGCAGCACCUCCCGAUCUCCACCGCGCCCGACACGCAACCGCGGCCGCGGCAGGGCGGUUCGAGCGCCGUGCACGUCGCGGCGAGCGCGGCGACCGAGGGCUGGACCGCGGCAGCGCAGGGACUCGUGUCGGGGGCGGCUGCGGGGAUCGUCGGGGCACAGAGGACGGCGCGUGCGCCGACGAUCGACCAGUACUAUCUGUCGCGGCACUGCGCUGCCUGCGACGGGCUGACGCACGCGGCGCGGGCGCUGUGCGACGGUUGCCGGGCCGAUCCGCAGAGCAGCGCUCUCACGCUCGGCACGCGCGCCGCCCGCCUCGACGCGCAGCUCGCGCGCAUCGUGCGCAUUUGCCUCAUGUGCGGCGGGGGCACUGUUCACGCGAGCGACAUCGAGGACGCGGGCGCGCGGCGCGACAGCAGCGCCGCGACGAGCGCGGGGAUCAGCUGCGUCAGCCUGGACUGUCCGGUGUACUACGAGCGCAACAAGCUCGCGCACGAGGCGCACCAGGCCAGCGCGCUUCUGGACACGGGGCUGGCGCUGCUGGAAUCGGACGUGCGGAGCUGGCGCGAGUCCGGCAGCUGA